AUUUAGCAGUGCAUUGUGGGCAGCUGUGGUGCCAAAAGUUCUUCAGCAAGUUCUAGGAGCUGCUGACGGGACCUCUGGUGGGACCACUGCGGAGGCGACAGAGGAUGAGGACCUAUAUGCGCCUGAUGAAGAUCAACGACCGACGUUUGAAGAUGUUCACAACUACGGAGGUGACGACAUGAUAGGCAUAGGGUUCUCGACCAACGAGGAUCGGGUUACGGGAACAAGGAUUCAUCUCCAUUUGGACAAGAAGAAGAUGAGAGGACAACAACAACAGGCGGUACAGAACCAAUUAUUUCCCACAAGUGGUAGGACUAGAGAUCAUGGAGAUCAUAUGGAGGAUGCUCACUCGGAGCCGCCAACAUCAGAGGAGCAAUUUGAUAUGGAGCGCAGCGAAAAUGAGAACAUCUUCAAGGAGAUGACCAACAAGCAAAAAACUUCACUUAUGGAUGAAGAGGAUAUGGACAAGAAGAAUGAAGACCACGAAAGCUUCGAUGAUGACAUCCUAAGUAAGUUGCACGAUGUUGUUUCGCCUGGUGUGCGCUCUUCAGACGUCGAGGCCACGGCUCUCGAGCAUCAUGUUGCGACGCCCACAACUCUUAACCAUAACGUCUCUCAUCAUGAGGAGGAGUCACAUGAUCAGUUGACCCAAAUCCGUUCUGAAUGGGCUGAUGUCGAAGCUUCGCUUGCCACUCAAAGUGCCUAUUUCCCACACGGCUGGACGCCACUGCAAGUCUAUGCCGCGCAGGGUCAUCGAUGGUGGGGAGAUAUGUUAAGGGUUGGAAGUUGGCCUCUCUAUGAGCAUAGCUAUACCGCUUUCAAGGGGGAAAAGGAUCGAUAUGCAAGCUAGACCGGUCAACUCUCAGCCGCUAAAUACAACUGAAGAGGAUAAUGGUAAUGCGGUUGAAGGUCAACAAAUGUUGCCUGACCAUGAUGAAGAAAAUACUUCAGUGCUGGAGGACAAACAAGAUGAGCUGCAGGAGCAUCUCUAUCAUGACGACAACCAGCAUCAUCCUUUUCUGAUUGCAGUCGCGAUGCAGCAGUUUGAGUUCGUCGCAGACUAUUUGCAGCGACCGCUUUGUCUCAGAAACUUUCAUCUCCGCCACCUGUGGAUAUCGAUCCUAUCCGGUCAAAGACAAUCCAUCAAGAAGUUCGAGAAACUGAUCGAAGACCUGUAUCCGGAACUGCUGUUCAUCUUCACGUGGUCGAACAAAGAACAAGAAGCAGACGCACGUCGAACACAGGAGGCAGACCAGUAUCGUUAAGGCUGUACCUAAUACAUCUUUGGACGUAUCCUUGGAACUACGUAUGGAGGAGUAUCCUAAGGGAAUACUCUCCCAUACUUUUCAAGGAUGCACUUGAAAGAUGAACUACGGACAGCUCUAAUAUCGCUUUGUGCAAUUUCAUCAAGCAUUGAAGGUGGCGUCAUCUAGUACAUCAGAGGAUGACGAGAGUACGAGAGACGAUGAAAUAAAUGAUCAUGUAGGCGAGCACCAGCAUGAUGAAACACACAUCGAACUACAGUCAAGAACUCUCGCAACUCCAGAAAGUCGUGGUUCUUUUUGGUCGAAGAGCCUGGCAAGAGGGGUGUCUUUUCUUUCACGAGGGAGGCAGAAGAAAAUGAGCGUCGAGAGCAGUGUGGAGGAGCAGAGUGGUACUACAGCUAGAAGUACAGCAGGGCUUUCUACUUCAGUGUUACCGUCGAAGACGAGUGUCAAGAAAGGAAGAACAAGUGCCUCCGACGACGACGAACAAGAAUUGCAACGCGUGUUACGCGCUGCUCGGGUAAGCAAGCUGGAGUUGGUUGCUGAGUAUGUCAUCCUGCGGGGACGGAUAUUGUUUCAGGAUGUUGAGGAGCCUGCUCGUUCAAAAACAAGCUCCAGGCAUUGCGAGGUGGAGCAAGAUGUCUAUGUUUUAGCAACAUACGAGCGACUCGUUCUCUUGCGCGCCGUGCCUUCUUCAAAUUUUUCGAGUAAAGAACCUCCGCAACUUUUCCACAGUUAUUCGCUCGCUAAAGGACAGGUUCGCAAAAUUACUUGCGUCGAACUCGCUGCUGGUACUGCAAUUCUGCUGGGAGCUGGCCACGCAUGCGAGUUUUCAGCAACAAGAACAAGUGCUGAGCGAGCUCCUCUACAGGAGCAACUACAAACUUUCCUUGUGCAAGUAGGAGCACCAGUUGAAAAAGGGUCGACCCGCAGGACUCAGGGUACACUAUUCCAAAACCUCCAUAGAAUCUUCCUGCAGGACGCUCGGGUAUCCGCGAGCAAGAUACUAGAUCUAAAAGAAAUGCGUUGGACGAGCGAGGACCAAUACGAGAUACUAGUGAAAACCUGUCCUCAAAUCAAACUCUUCUCAGAGGUUUUUUUUGAAAGUUCGUCAUCGUCUCAGAGGAUUUUGUUCCUUGGUACUUCCUCUGCCACCUGCAGGGGUGCUCUCGUGUUACCAGGAAGUCUGCUGCAGAAGCAUGAUAGUACUCUUGGAGGCAUUCGGUUUGCUACCUAUGUCCACGUUUUUUGUCCAACAGCAGGGUCAAACAGAAACAGCACUCACCAAGAACAAGACCACGUCGACGUGGUGUGGAAACGGCGUCUCCUUGUUCUGCGUCGUCGAGGGCUAGUGAAGGAUAAAAACCUAGCAGGAAAGCAAUUUGAAGCUGGAAUGGACCUUCACGCAUCUUCAGCAAAGGAUGCAACAUUUGCGAUUCAAGUGGAACAUUCUUCAAGUUCAACAUUUGCGAUUGCAGAUUAUACAUCUACCGUUGAAGUAAGAAGUGCCACGAAUGAAGUAAGUAGCGAUGACCACGGAGUAGACGAGAUCGAGAAGGAGACUCCUGACCACGAAGUAGAGCAAGAAGAUCCUGUCAGCAGUAUCUGUUUGGCACUAGUUCGAAGAAGUUUACAUGCGGCGAUCGAGCAACACUGUCGCAAAGACGCGCAGAAAUGUGGAAGCCCAUCAAGAACAAUGCAGGAUGAUCAUAUAACCGUGGCUUCUAGUACACAACCAAACUAUUCUAGUACUACUGAGACGCCUACCACACCGGUCACCAGUCGGUCUACUCAGAACCUCAUGGUAUCUCGACUUCAACACAGUAAUUUCGAAGAAGUUCUUCAUCUGAAAGACGGUGCUUCUCCGGAGAAAAAAGCGAAGUGUACGACAUCGCCUGACAGUUGCGCUGCGGAUUCUGAAGAAGAUGCUUCUUUCGAAAUUGCUAUUUUUAUGGUGGACGUCAUUUACAUUUCGUUUUUUUUACUAACUACGACUACGAGGCGUUCGAUUAGCUUAUCUAACUGCGAAGUAAGUGAAGUUAAAUAACCUACAAUCUAUUUCCUACUCCAUUAUUGUUCUCUUGCCUUAAAAAAUCUUUGUCACACACAGGACAGUGUCGGCGAUACAAUAUACUCUGUUGAUGAUCACAGGUGCUCGUCGUCUUCUUGGACGCUUCCGGUAUUUGGUAACCUGAAUUUGAUCAUAAGGGAAAACAAGAAGGGAACCCUUCUGAUCAAAUUCAGGUUACCAAAUACCGGAGCCACUCACUUCUAACAUCUUUGGAGAUUUGCGGAGUCCUCCUCUGUUCCACACAACGCUAUCUCCAGACACGAAGUGCGCGUGGGAUUGGCAGAAUAAAAACGCUUUGCAACUGCUAGAAAGCACUUUUUUUCGUUAUGGCUUAGAACGCCCUACUUUCCCACUUGAGAGGCCGCAUCUUAGAGUUCGUUGGAGCUCCUGUAGUCCCAUAGAAGAGUUACCAAAGGUUCUAACUUCGCUUUGGAACUGGUGCAGAGGCGAGAGAGUGGCAGCGAUUGAUUGCGGAUGCAUGUCAUAGUCAUGGGGCAACGGCAGACACACGCUGAGCAGGUGGUCUUCCAGGUGGUCUUCCAUAACUAUUUAACUACUUAGGAAUGCGAUGAAGUCUUCCAGGUGGUCUUCCAUAACUAUUUAACUACUUAGGACUUCCAGGUCUUCCAUAACUAUUUAACUUCUUAGGAUGUAGAAGAUGCGAUGAAAGGUGGGUGUUGUAGCUGGAUAGGUCGUUCGACGAAGAUGUAAGGUAGCGAGGAUGUUGCAUGAAGAUGAACAGAAUAUCGUGAACUAACAAUUCGCAGGAGGAUCAUGCUGACCAAAAAGAACUACCAAUUGAGAUGUCUGUCAAUUUUCGUACAACAAGUAACAAGGAGUAGUAAACUCGACGUCCUUGUAGAUGAGAAUUUUGCGAGCUUUUAGACACUUUUCAGAUACACCAAGUUCCUUCCUUGUAUAAAACAUCAUGUACAGCAGGACAAGCUACAGCAUCGUUCGUUCAAGCAGCUACGUUGUAUUCUUGUUGUAUACAAUUUAAGGAAAGCUCCUACUUGUCAGGAACCCAAGUUGUCGAUGAAGAUACGCAUACGACAG